AUGAUGGAAAUGGUACUAUCUACAAAACAUAAUCCAUUGGUAAUAAGUUACUCGAUAUUAUAUUAUGCUCUCUUAUUGACAUGUAUAGUGCUUACAAAUUCACAAACAGUAUUCAUUCCUGAAUUAUCAGAAUUCAUAGAGCAGACAAAGAAAAACGAAUCUACUAUGAAAGGACUGCUAGUCGACUUAUUAACUGUUGACAAUACAUCACAAGUUCAAUAUUCAGUUCAGAGUAUACCAGUUAGACUGAAUGUUUCACUUACGGAUGUAGAAUAUUGUCUCAGUAUGCUUUUAACUAACAAUCAAAGUUUAUGUCUUUUUCAAUUCUCUUCUGAUAUUCUAAUGAACAUGGAAAAUAGUUCUUUAACACUUAUAAAUAAUAAACGUACAUUGCCUUAUAUAACUAGAUCAUUUACUCAACUCAAACCAGUAUUAAUUAUGAAAUGUUUCAAUAAUAAUUGUUCAAGUCGAUUAGAUUCAUCAUUUUUAAAUGGAAUGUAUUUUUUAUACACAUUUCAUUCAUCUAUAUGGUCAUUAAUUCUACUAUAUACAUUGACAACCGGUUCAUUGUUAUUUGUGUUCGAGUAUACAAGACCCUCAUGUGAGAAAUAUACAAAAAUUUCACCUUCAAAUGAACCAAGUUUAAAUUUAUGGGAUUCAUACGUGUACGUUAUUAUGGGAUUAUUCUUACAAUCCUCAUACAAAUUGCCUAAAUCAUGGGGCGGAAUAACAAUAACUUUAUUCUGGCAUGCAUUUUGUUUAAUAUGCAUUAUUGCCUAUGCAAUGGGUACAUCAGUGUUGAUUUUCAAACAGUAUACUGAUAAUGACUUGAAAUAUCAUCCUUAUUUAAACAGUCAGAAUCAAACAAUCUAUUGUGAUUUAAAUCCAAAUUUAUGUAAUUAUUUUGAAAAGAAGUUCUCUUUUCCAAUGAAAUUGGUAAAUGAGAAACUUUCAUCAGAUGAGAUUAAUACAUCAAUGAUAAUAUUAACAGAUCAUAUUCAUGGUCAUUAUCUACAAUCAUUAAAACAUCGAAAUACUGAUUGGAAUUAUAUUAAGCUAGAUUGUAAUGAAGAUGAAAAAGAUAAUGGUGAGAUUUUUAAUGACAGUGGAAAUUUCCAAGAUAUGCCUUUAAUGGAAAUGGGAUUUUUAACAUUCAGUGAAAAAUCACUUUGGAAAAUGAAUGUAUACUUGAAAUACUUACAGGAUUCUGGAAGACUCUACAGCAUACAAUAUAAAAAUGAACAGGCAUUUGACUUUACAACUAAACUUCAAGUGCAUAAAAAUUUAUGCGUAACAAAAGAAGACAGAAAUUCAAAAAUUCCAAUACGUUUAAAACAAAUGAACGGACCAUUGUUAUUUAUGAUUAUCGGAGGCUUAUGUGCUGUUAUUAUGCAUAUAAGUGAAUAUAUUUAUUAUAUUGUUAUGAAUAGAUAA